CACCAUCAGUGAUAAUAGUAGAAUCUGGUAAUAAUGAGCGACGAACGGUAAUAUAUAUUCCUAACUCACUAUAAAUGUUAUCAUAAUCAAAGUCACCAUAGCCUCCAAAACCGAUAAUAGGGUCACUGUCCCAAAUGGCGGACUGAGUGAGAUUUUGAUAAUCAUUCUCCCAGCUCCAGUAAGGUAAUGCGCCUUCGAAUCCACAUUCUUGUAAUUCUUUGUGAUACGCGUAAAUGAACCAACGAUGCCAUGGUAAAAAUCUGGCAACCCAAUGAAUAGCGUAUCCUGGAUAUUGAUGUACGAAUGUGAAAUCCUCGUGUAAUGAAGCCUGUGUUUGACCAUUGAUAGAUAAUGAAGGCUUAUCCAUCAUACACUUCACUGAGCUGAUGUAGCUCGCCUUCUCUUCGUCAUUGAGAUUGUUCCAAUCUCUCCUAACACUUAUAUUUUCGCAAGUUUGAGAUAAGACACUAUUGGCUAGUAAGGCGAUUGCUAGCGACGUGUAUUUCAUUUGACUAUCAAGGUUCUUAAGAAUAAAUUAGCCAGUUUGACCUUUAAAUACCUCGGACUACCGUCUUGAAGGAAUGUUAUGAUAUGAAUGAAUCGGUGAGCUAUUAUCCCAAAAAAGACAUUUUUUUGGCAUGCACCAACUAGUCUUAUCUUCAAAGAUGCCCCACCCCGGCUUUUUACUCACAGACGGAAUGUUAUGAUAUGAACAAGCGGUGAGCUAUUUAUCCCAUAAAACAUUUCUGAGAAUGCGCCAAUUAGUCUGAUCUUCAAAGAUGACCCACUCCGGCUUUGAAGGUGCGCUUUGAAAUGAAUAAGUCGGUGUGAACUAUAUAUCCCAUGAGACAUUCUUGACACAGGACCUGCUGCAGCACCAUACGAUCUAUAUCCUACAGAGUAGAUAUCAAUAGAAUGUAAAAGAAAGAAUGCACUCACUGUCGGCUGCUUUUACUGAUUACAUAAGCUUAAUAAGCUUAGUAAGACAGGUAAGCUUGCUGACUGGUAAUCUUACGUCAUCGAAGUCUAUAUAAGGAUGUCCUUUUUUCCUUUUUCCUACAUAACGAGAAACAUCAUUUAAACAUACUAUAAUGUCACCACAAAUUACACUUUAUGCAUGCACAGGUGGUCCUAACCCACCAAAGAUCGCAUUCUUGCUUGAAGAAUUAGGAAUCGAUUAUGAAGUUAAGAUCUUACAAUUUGGUGAAGGUGACGAUAACAAGCCGGGAGUAAAGCAUCCAUCUUUUUUGAAGAUCAAUCCAAAUGGUAGAGUACCAGCAAUUGUAGACCACUCUAAUGGUGAUUUCGCUGUGUGGGAAUCUGGCGCGAUUCUGCAAUACCUCGCUGAAACUAAAGGUGAAAAGUUUAUCGGCACUGGUAAAGAAAAGUACGAAGUUCUUUCAUGGUUGGCUUUCCAAAUUUCAGGACAUGGUCCAAUGCAAGGACAAGUUAACUAUUUCAAGCACUUCUUUAAGAAUAUUUGGGGUGAAGAGAGCUCUCCUACAGUCGUUAAGCGUUUCGAGACAGAAACCUACAGGGUUUUCAGCGUUCUUGAGACUCAGCUUGCAUCUCAAAAGGCUGCUGGCAGUGAUUAUCUCGUUGGAAAGAACUAUACAAUUGCCGAUAUAUCAUUCCACGGAUGGUUACGUACUGUCAGCUUUGCUGGUUUAGAUUUGUCACCAUAUCCACAUGUUAAAGCAUGGGUAGACCGUAACGAAGCCAAGGAGAGCACAAAGAGAGCAAACAAGAAGAUUGCGGAUGCUGCUGCUGCUUAAUUAUGAUCACAAACGAAACUUUUGUACUCGAAGAUGUAUUGCAAUAUAAUGUUACAGAAUGUAUAUUGAGUGAUGAUUAAAUAUGAUAUUAAUGAUUCCUAUCCUGUCUAAGUUUUGUAUUGUGUUGUAUUGUUUGGAUGUUGAUUAUCAUAGCUGGCUCUCCCAGCCGCCAUGUUCUGAUGAUGUUCCCUCGUAAGUCUAGCAGAGCGCUCACUUAUCCAUUCCUCUCUCUUGAGAUCUUCCUCCGCCAAUCUCUUCAGCUCAAGAGAGUAUCUACUAGCGGCUCUAAUUCGCGGACCAUAGAAGUAGAAAACUGGUGGUAUAAGCAUCGACACUGUUGCAAUUGCACCUAAAAUAGCACUUGCGACUUUAUAAUCUACGUUUGUGUAGAAAAGAUGAGUAAUGAGUGCACAUAUACCGGCUAUUAUCUCUCUACAGAAUGAUUGACCAGUGACGGCAGAGCUAGCCAGACUAGCAUAUGAUUCAAUAGUGUAGUCACUAACGAAA